CUUAGGUUCUGGCGCGAGCAAGACAUAGCGUUUUCCUUUUUUUAAAGACAUAGCGUGAUCAGAGGUCACAGCUUUUCUUUUUCGGCUGAGCGCCCGGCGAGGAUCCUCUAUGUAUAGUCAUCCAGUAGCUCUAGUUUCCUCAUUGGUGUCCGUGUCGUUGGCGCCACUGCGCUAACAACUGUCUGACUCCACGAAGUCGCGGAUAUCAAUGUCAAUUGAUUUGCAACGUCAAAUUUUUCGGUGUAGGUUUUUCUUAUCAAGAAAACCAACCAGUUUGGGGUACUUACUACUUUUACACAAAGAACCGCUCCCCGUAGAAGUUCUCCUGCAAGCAUUUUACUAGUAAGCUGUCUUACUAGUAAUCUUAUCGUGACAAGCAAGCAAAAAAACUACUAGUAAGACUACUAGUAGAGAGUUUACUAGGAAGAAGCUUACUAGUGGAAAAUUGCCUCGCGGGCCGGAUCGCCCCGAGCUUGCGCCAAACAGCUCGCCCGCGCUGCUUGCUUCCCUUGCCCCCUGUGGAGAAACUAGCGCCGAGCAACUAGUACCUGUGUGGUAGCGCGGGGCGUGGCGCUCGUUCCCGGGAAAAGGGGGCGCAGCCAUGGGAGGGAAAGGACUUAUUUGUCUGACUGAGGGUGGCGCGCUACGCGCUGGUGCGCCCGCAGGUUCAGGCGAACUAGCUCCGGCCCCGCCACGGUGCCGGUAGGGGGUUUGCGCUUUGUUUGGGUGGCCACGUUUUGCCUCGCGGGGGCGGCCCCCUCUUGGUGUGGAUGCUCCCGCCGCCCUGCACGAAGAAAAAAGCGCCUUUUCUCAGUGCCCUAGGUGGUUAUUCCACACAGCGCGCCCAGUCCCAUUGUGCUGGUUGCACCUGCCUGGCCGGCCAGGUUCUUUGUCGCGCAGCUUUCGCAGCUGCGGCCCUGUGGUUGUCGCGCAGCUUCCGCAGCUGCGGCCCUGUGGCCUCCGUCGAAAGCAGCCCCAUCGCCUUGGGGGCGUAACUAGAAUGACGAGCAGCCGCCCGUGAGGCUCGCAACUUGGGGGGGUGCUCGCAAAUUGGGAACAUCCCGGACGGCUCGCCCCCUCCCAGGUUGGGGUCGUGCCCCCGGGUGUCUGUUCUUUGUGUUUCCCGGACCCCUGUUGCUCGUGAGGCCUGGGGCGGGCCGCUGUCACGCCUUUGUCUUUGUCUAGGGGCCUCAGGCGCCCGGAAAAGCCCUGCGCCUGUAGGGUUCUCGCCCCCCCCCUCCCCUUCCCCGCGCCUGCAAAUUUCCUCGUAGGAAAUCGGGUCCAUCGCUUUCUUGUCUACUCCAUACCUCUCCGGCGGUCGCGGAGCGACCGCCCGUGCUAGAUACUUCUACACAAAGAACCGCUCCCCGUAGAAGUUCUCCUGCAAGCGACAACCAGAAACAACACCUAGACAGCACUGAAAGUCUGUGAUCAUCUGCUGGUACUACUAGUCCACCAAAACUACUGCUCUAUUGCCGGUGCAGCAAACAUGGUUCUGGAGCUCGUUCGUCUGUUUCAGCACCCGGGGCUGGCCGCCGCGACAUCCACCGCCCUGGCAAUUUUUAUCACGUUCAACCAGCAUGUCAGUCCCUUGGUUCUGCUCACCAUCUUUUUCCAGUUUUUCACGCACCUCUUCAUCUACCCCUGGGGCUGGGUGUACCCCGAGCUGUGGAGAAAAUCAUUCGGCGAAAAAUCCGUCGCGUGGAUGUGCGGCUUGGUGACCGCACAGAAGACCCUGCUCACCGUGUUCCUCUUGCCCUUCUUGCAGGUACGUAUAGGGGUGGUGGUGGUGGGGGGUUUUGUUACCGGGAAGUUCAAUUUUGUGCGUUGUCGUACAUAAAAACAAUGAACACUGCUAAUAAAAAAGAAACACCGCAUGAUGAUAGCUACAGACGAGACGUACCUAGUGCGCCGCUGGUGUCGUGCGUGUAACUAUGACAAACACAAAGCUAAAGCUGCGCAUCGUACUUGAGCAUGAAAAAAUGCCGUGUCAACAUCUUCUACUUUGCAGGUUCCCAACCUUGGGCAGUUCACCUCUAACACAAUUCUGAUCGCGCUCAGCUACUGCAUCGCAGCGGGCCUGAUCACAUUUGGGAUCUGGUUGCAAUCCCACGUGUACGCCAAGCUCGGCCGCGACGGGGUCUACUACGGAUUCAAGUUCGGUAAUAUCGAAGUUUUUCCAACAUAAUUUUGAUUCUAUCUGUGUCAGGGCGGAGGCGGUCUUCCUCUGUUUUUCCCCCCCCGGCAUGACUUCUGAUGUUGCUUCUCAUGUUCGCUUUGCAAUUCGGAGGUUCAGCAUCAGCAGUGCGCGUUUGAUGUUCGGUGACACGCUUUCCACAUGCGUGUUGAACCGAGUCAAAUACUUGCAUCAAAUUCAAAAACCACACAUCACAUGAAAUCAGGAAAGUCCAUCCCAUGGGUCUCCGACUUCCCCUUCGAUACCUUCCGCCACCCGCAGUACACCGGGGCCUACAGCAUCUGCCUUGGCGUCUACAUCAUUUUGGGGCCGAGCAUCCCGGUCUUCCUCAUUGGCACGGCACAAGCGUGGGGUUACAUUUUCACCUCCCACAUGGAAAGCUCUUCGGACCAGGACAACGGGGACGAGAAGGCGGCCUUGAAGGAGGAAGGGAAAAAGGAAAACUGAUACAACCCUUAUUAUUUCUUGGAUGCUUCACAAAAAAAGAAAAACAUGUGUCACCUUUGUUGUGCACUCCUUGGACUUCUUUCUGUUGAGUCAUACUACCUUAAAUUUCCUAGAAGCGAGCUACCGCGACAAACUUUGCCCCCGGGCCCGGAAAUAUAUAAGAUGAGAGCAAAAUCCUAUAUAAUUAACACAUACUACCAACGACCUUAAUUCUACCGCCCUUGCAGCCGAAACUCUUCGCACCUCGGACGAACCUCUUUCGCGACGAACAACACUGUACCCGCAGCCGGAAUGCAAGCAUCACGACUUCGACAAGCACCCUCGACAAGCAGUUACAGAAAGAUACGCAAGUACUUAGAUGGAUGUUUUUAUAGUUGUUACUCUCGCUCGGGCUCUGGCAGUAUUCAUUCUCGCUGCCUUUAAUAGAGCUGCAACGCGCACCAGUCAGUUGUAAUAAAGUCACGACAGAUGAUGAGAACAAAGUUGAUGAGGUCACGACAGUGCAGUACCCUGAAGAUGGACGGGUUGCAAUUAUUGGUAGGGUCAUCGCACUAGAUUGAAACGGAUUUGAAGAGAAUCGCCACGCAUUUCGAAGAGAUUUGCGUUUGCUAAGUAUGGUAGGUCCCUCGCAGACGAGCAGAGGGAUUUAGUCUAUACAAAUCAAGAGUUCCCUCAUACUCAUUGGACUACGGCGACGUACAGGACAGCGCCACCGUACUCGGACUCUGCUCGUCUUGAUGACCGUUGCUAUGUCGUAGAUUGAAAAUCGGGUGGGC